AGAUUCAAUUUAUUUCUCCUUCAUUUUGGUUUCUAGUUCCGAUCACAACCGGCGAUGGAGGCAGCCUCGAAUCUCAGUUCCUCACUUCCCCUUUCGCCGUCGCGCUACAGGACCACUGCCGUCUUAACUCCUCAUCAACGGAUCGCUUCUUUAUCCACAGCCGCCGCCGCCGGAGCCCUCCCGUCGUGUCGUACACAUUUGGCUCGCCUUCAUCAGCGUCGAUCCGCGAUUUUGCCUCUACGUUGCAAUGUGCGGGAGACGGUGCCGGAUCAAGAAAUGGCGUCUAUUGAUGUAGAAGACCCACGCAUAGCCAAAAUCGCCAAGGCCAUUCGAGUUAUCCCUGAUUUUCCCAAACCAGGGAUUUUGUUUCAGGACAUUACGACGUUGCUUCUUGAUACCAAGGCCUUCAGGGAUACUAUUGAUUUGUUCGUGGAGAGGUACAGAGGGAAAGAUAUUACUGUGGUUGCUGGGAUUGAGGCGAGGGGUUUCAUUUUUGGACCUCCCAUAGCUCUGGCUAUUGGUGCAAAAUUUGUUCCCAUGAGAAAACCCAAGAAGUUGCCUGGUGAAGUCAUUUCAGAAGAGUACUCUUUAGAGUACGGAACAGAUAAAAUUGAGAUGCAUGUAGGAGCUGUUGAAGCUGGAGAACGCGCUCUUGUGAUAGAUGAUCUCAUUGCAACUGGGGGAACCUUGUGUGCAGCAAUAAGACUACUUGAGCGAGUUGGCGUGGAUGUGGUCGAGUGUGCUUGUGUGAUUGAGCUGCACGGACUAAAGGGUCGUGAAAGAUUGGGAGACAAACCUCUGUUUGUUCUAGUUAACGCAGCAGCAUGAUUGCAGAGCCUUCUUCUGUAACACGACGUGUUCGGUGAUGACAAUAUUAACACGUACCGCUGCUAGAAGUUGAAGUUUCAAAGUAAUGCAUAAUUUUGAAGCCGAGAGUGUUGCUAGAAAUAAAAGGGAUGGUAAUAAUUUUGAAUAUCUGCAGAAACUUCUUUAUUUUGAAGUUAAGUAGUUUAUGUCUUUCUUUCUCUGAAUAUGCCUUAUUUGAAUGAGUUUAUAAUGAUCACUCUUUUCCUUGGCCAAUGUGAAA